UUUGUUUUCAUCUCUUCAGAAGUCGCCUAGCUUCGAAACGGAGAGGUGCUGUAGGUUUACCGCAGAUAAACCAUCUACUUAAGUGAUAUAAACGCAGCCGAGAACAAUGAACUUGAAUCGGCUAAGUGCUUUGUAAUCUCGUCAUCUUUCGAGAUUUGAACAAUUGAUCAACUUGUCCGUCUCAAUCUCAGCGUAGGUUAGUCGGACGAGGACCAACAUAAUCUCCUCACGCGUUUAUGUCGUGCUGUACUUACAAACAAAUUGUUCAAGAUUGAACUCGUGAUAGAACUAUGUCAUUGUUUGCCGAUGGCUUCCUGUGCGUUUUGGACACUAACACCACCGGUGGUGCGUUCGACGGGACUUACAAGGAAGUGUUGCAAGAGCUGGUGCCGGCAUGGGUUUGCACCUUGGAGUAUAUGCCUUGGAUUUGGGCCAUGUUCGGCUCAAUCCUGGUGGCAUUGAGCGGAGUCCUGCCUUUGCUCAUCAUACCCAUGGAUCAGACUGACAAUUUGAAACAAGGAGGUUAG